AUGGCAGGAGGAGCAAUGAUGAAAGCUGAUGGAGGCAAAGAGUAUCCUGGAAAAAUGACAUUGUUUGUGUUCAUCACUUGCCUUGUUGCUGCAACUGGUGGUCUGAUUUUUGGCUAUGACAUUGGAAUAUCAGGAGGAGUUACAUCCAUGGAUUCUUUCCUACAAAAGUUCUUUCCAUCCGUAUACCAUAAGGAAAAGCAAGAUAAAAGCACGAACCAAUACUGCAAGUUCGAUAGCCAGCUCCUCACAACAUUCACAUCAUCAUUAUACCUAGCUGCAUUAAUUUCUUCUUUCUUUGCUUCAAAGAUUACAAAGGUUUUUGGGAGGAAAUGGUCUAUGUUUGGAGGAGGUAUCACAUUUCUUGCUGGUUCUGCACUUAAUGGAGCUGCUGUGAAUGUGCUCAUGCUUAUACUUGGCAGAAUACUUCUUGGGGUUGGAGUUGGAUUUGCUAAUCAGUCAGUUCCCCUCUACCUCUCCGAGAUGGCCCCCGCGAGACUUCGAGGCAUGCUCAACAUCUGCUUUCAGCUAAUGACAACCAUCGGAAUCUUAGUUGCCAACCUCAUAAACUACGGCACAACCAGAAUCGAAGGAGGUUGGGGAUGGAGGCUAAGCUUAGCUUUAGCUGCAGUCCCUGCCUCAAUAAUCACAGUAGGAGCUUUAAUUCUUCCCGACACUCCAAAUUCCCUCAUUGAUCGAGGCCACCAAGAAAAAGCAAGAGACAUGCUUAAAAAAAUACGAGGAACAAACGAUAUAGAGGAAGAGUAUAAAGAUUUGGUGGUUGCGAGUGAGGAGGCAAAAACUGUAGAAAGUCCUUGGAGGAAUAUACUUGAUAGAAAGUAUAGGCCUCAGUUGACUGUGGCUAUACUUGUUCCAUUUUUUCAGCAGGUUUCAGGGAUUAAUAUUAUUAUGUUUUAUGCACCGGUUCUUUUUAAGAGUAUAGGGUUUGGAGACGAUGCUUCGCUUGUUUCUGCAGUUGUUAUCGGUUUUGUGAAUUUGCUUGCGACGUUGGUUUCUAUCGCUACUGUUGACAGGCUUGGUCGAAGGAAGCUUUUUCUUCAGGGUGGAGUCCAAAUGUUUAUUAGUCAGAUUAUUGUAGGAACGUUGAUUGCAGUAAUGUUUGGAACAAGCGGGAACGCUACAAAACCCUCAAAAGUAUUCGCAGUCUUCGUAUUGGUCUUUGUCUGCACCUAUGUUGCAGGCUUUGCUUGGUCCUGGGGACCCUUAGGUUGGCUAGUCCCUAGUGAAAUAUUCCCAUUAGAAAUUCGCUCAGCGGGCCAAAGCAUAACGGUGUCAGUCAACAUGUUGAUCACCUUCAUCAUUGCUCAGACUUUCCUCACAAUGCUUUGCAAAAUGAAAUUUGGUUUGUUCUUCUUCUUUGGAGCCUGGGUCUUUAUAAUGACUGCAUUUGUCGCCUUUUUUCUACCAGAGACGAAGAAUGUUCCCAUUGAGGAAAUGGUGUCGGUUUGGAAAAGACACUGGUUUUGGAGGAAGUUUAUACCUGAUGCUGUUGACAAUAAGGGGAGUAUUGAGAUUGUACAUGGAAGGUUGAGGAAUAAUAAAGUCUAGAACUGAAAAUUUUUUUGUUGCUUUUUCUUGAUU